AUGUCGCAUUUUUUAGAUCGUCCAUUACACAACUCUAAAAUAGAAGAAAAUAGAAGUAAAAUAAAAAAAAUAUUAGAAUUAGAAGAUAGCGAAACAACCAAAAUUACUCAGCUAAAACAAUUAGAAAUAGAACAAUAUAAACCUUUGAUCCGUGAACUAGCUGUCAAGAAGUCAAUGGAGGAACUGAAAGGUUUGAUAAUAGUUCUGAAAGAUCUAGGCUAUUUAACCACCAAACUAGGAGAGCUAAGUAAAGAUCUGAAUUAUUACACUGAGGCAGCUAUAUUUUACCAUUAUAUAAUUGCAAUACUAAAGGAAAAAUUCAGCGAAAGUGUAAUAAAUAUUAAAGCUAAAAAUGAAUUUAUUAGUUCAAACUAUAUAAAUCCGGAGGAACAAUUAGCUCAUUUACAAAAACAAAUAUUUUUAGUGAUUGGUGGAGUCCAAAAUAAUGUUCCCACAGCGCUCGAUGAAGUAAAACUAAAUAAAAAUUUACUACUAAAGUUGCGAAACGAAACCACCGAAGAGCUAAAUAAAGUAGAAUGUUAUCGAAAGCAAUUUUAUGAUAGCAAUAAAAAAGAGAAACAAAAGCUUUACGUAAAUACUGCAAAAGUCUUGUUUGAAGUAAUAGCUGAUCAAAUGAAAAAUUUUCUGGCUAAGUUAUACGAUGACAGUAUAAACCAAAUGGCUAUUAAAGCACCUUGCGAGUUUGCAGUAAUAGGGCUUGGUUCAAUGGCACUAAAACAAAUGACCCCUUAUUCAGAUUUAGAGUUUGCAAUUUUGACUGAAAGUUAUAAUUUUGAAAUAAAAAAUUACUUUAAAAACCUUAGCCAUUUAGUUAACUUCAAAAUAAUCAAUCUAGGAGAAAGUAUUAUUCCUUGUAGUAAGUAUGAAUUGGAUAUGAGUCAUCUCGUACCCGUAGCAGUUAACCUUGAUCUUGGAGGUAAAACGCCUCUCGGAAGAACUGGAGGGGAUAAAAAAUAUAAUUUAAUACAAACAAUAGACGGAAUGUAUAGUUAUGUUUGCAAUAAAAAUAACUGGGCGAGUCAUAUAGAUAAAAACUUGCCAUAUAUAUUACAAAAUGUGUGUUAUGUAUACGGAAAUAAAACACUUGUUGAAGAUUAUAAAAGCAAAGUAAGGGAGUUUUUAUUCAAUACUCAAAGUAAUGAAGAGCCAAAAAGUUUAAACUGUGAAAUAAGAGCCAUUAAACUACUUAACGAGGGAACAGUAGAAUAUGAUUAUAUUCAGUCAACGCCUUCACAUCAAAAAUUAACCUUAUUUGUAGGCGAUUUAGAAAAAUUACAACCUAAAUUAUUUGAAGAUGAAGGCCGGUUAUUUCAAGUUAAGCAAGAGAUAUACCGAUUGGCUGAUCGCAUGAUAUACAAUUUUGCUUUAUAUUAUGGCAUUGAAGGAGAAAGUGGAUGGGAUUUUGUAGAUAAAUUAGUAGAAAAGAAAGUGAUUAAUUUGCAAGCAGGAGAUAAUCUCAAAAAUGCUUUAACUUUUGCCACUACUCUUAGAUUACUUACAUAUUCUCAUUUUAAAGCGCAGAAAGAAGAUAUGUCAGUAUAUCAAAAGUCAGAUAAAACUGAGUCUGAACUAAAUAAACAAGCUGCACAGGUUUUCCAUUUAGCUGAAACUGACUUACAAGAGCAAGGAGGACUGUUUCAGUAUUAUUAUACUGCAAUACCUUUAAUUGAGAAAUUAAAACAUUUCUGUGACCAGUAUCAAACCUUAGAUGAAAUAGAAAAAAACAAUUUUUUUAUAGACAGUGAUCUUUAUCAUAAUGAUGAUGCUACAAAUGGAUUUAUUUAUUAUAGACUAAUGAAGUAUAAGGAAGCUGAAAGCAAAUUCAAAGAAGCGUUACGCAAUUCAAAUAGCCAAAACGAAUUAUUAAUAAGAGAAAUGUUAGGAGACAUAUACAUUAAAACUGAUGAAAAUCUUAAGGCUAUAAAGCAUUUUAAACAUAUUUUAGAAAUUUUUAAAAAACAGUAUCAAGAUAAUAGCCAUAAAAUAAACAGCAAUGGAGUUGCUGUUUAUUCACUAAAUCUUGCAGCCGCUUAUACAGCUAAUGGAAAUUACAGUGACGCAGAUAAGCUUCUUGGAGAAAGCGUAAAUAUAUUAAGUAAUCAAACUGAGUCAAACUUGAUAUUAGCUAGUUUGAAAAAUAAUCAAGGUGAGUUGUAUAGAAGAUUAGGUCAAUAUAAAAAAGCAAGAGCAAUGUUUGAAGAAAGCUUAAAUAUAAAGAUAAGCUUUUAUAGUAGUAAAAAAAACGAAAUUAUAAGGAACGAAACAAAUAAAGAUAUUGCUUUUUGUUACAUGAAUCUUGGAAUAGUCUGUCAUGAUUGUAAACAAUACGAAGAUUCUGAUAAUUUUUAUGAGAAAAGCCUAAAUAUUUUUAAUCAAGUAUAUAAAGAACCUCACCCUAAUGUUGCUGAUGUUUUAAAACACCAAAGUAUUGUUUAUGCGGAUGCUGAAAAAUAUGAUGAAGCAAUCAAUCUCCUCAAAAGGAGCCUAAAAAUUUACAAAUCAGUACACACAACAGAAUACAACUCCAAUAUUGCUGACUGUUACUUUAAUAAAGGUUAUGUUUAUCGUAAAAAAGGGGGUGAAGAUAAUAUUGGUAAGGCGUUUAAAUACGUUUGCAUUAGCUCUAAGAUUUACAAUCAUAUCUACAGGGGGCCACACCCAAGAAUUGCUUUGAGUUUAUCUAGUCUAGGGUUAAUUUAUGAAGCUAAAAAGGAUUAUGAGAAUGCAAUAUGCUGUUUCCAGAAGAGCCUAAAAAUAUACAAAUUAGUACACAAAACAGAAUACAACUCAGAUAUCGCUGAUUGUUACUUUAAUAAAGGUCAUGUUUAUGUUGAAAGAGGCGUUUUUCUUAAAAAUGGUGAUGAAGAAGAUAUAGGUAAAGCGUUUAAAUACUUUUGCAAUAGUUAUGAGAUUUACAAUUAUAUCUACAAAAGUGAGCCAGACUUAAGAAUUGCUUUGAGCUUAUCUAGUCUAGGGUUUGUUUAUAUAGCUAAAAAGGAAUAUGAUAAUGCAAUAUACUACUUUGAAAAGAGUUUAAAAAUGAAAGAACUUAUCCAUCUUGAUAAAAAUCACCCAGAAAUUGUUCGUGAUGUAAAAAAUCUUGAGAUCUUGAAAAAUGCUUUCAAAAAAGAUCUUUAUAAUAUAUUUUGA